CAACAACUGAGCUCGCAACGACUAUUCAUGCCGUCGUCGAAGAUUUGAUGUCACGAUUUGCCGAAUGCGAGAAAUCUGUGGCCAAAAACGAAGUGCUUAAAGCGGUAUGCCGCACUGCACUUGGCAAUCUGGAGGCGACAAACAUGUUCAGCUGUUUAAUGGCUGACACCUACUACGACCGCCAGAUGCUUCCUCGCGACUGGAGAGACGAUGAAGAGAGUCGAAUAGACAUAAGCCAGUGUAGCCUCCUCGUUGCAAUAGCCGCACGCUAUGAUGAGGUCCAACAAAGCAUGUUGUCGAGCAUAGCAGACAUCGACUUCGAAACAAAGUACUUUGGUAGCCCCCUUCAUUCAGCAUGCUAUGCGGGUCAUAGUGACACAGUCCGGCUACUCCUAGACCAAGGCGCCGACAUCCACCGAGUCCCCAGAAUUAUGCACGAAAAGAGACCCUCAAUCUACAUUGCAGCAGCUAGUGGACGCCCAGACGUUGUCGAGCUACUUUUGGAACCAAGAUACGACUUGGAUACUUCCACUCGUAUAUUUGGAUGGGCAGCUGUGGCGGCAGUGCCAAAGACUCUGAUAUUGCAAUGAGGCUCUUUGACAAAUACACUGGUCGUGCGCCAGCGGC